ACUACUUAAUUGUUUUCUUGUCUGUCUGUAGGCAACCCUAAAACAAUCAUGAAUGGAAAAGAAAUGGAGGAAGUGAAGUAUGAUCUGUCAAAGAGCGCAGAAAAGACGGUUGAUGGGAGCUUACCUGAGAAAGAGGGUAAGGCUACUGUUAAAAGGGAACAUUGGAGUAAUAAAAUGGACUUCAUUCUCUCCUGUCUUGGAUGGGCGGUAGGUCUUGGUAAUGUCUGGAGAUUCCCCUAUCUUUGCUACAGGAAUGGAGGAGGUGCUUUUCUUGUACCUUAUUUCCUCAUGUUGGCAUUGAGUGGACUCCCUUUGUUCUUAAUGGAACUUGGUCUUGGACAGUUUGCUAGUCGGGGUGUCAUUCAGAUAUGGUGUAUGGCUCCAGCGUUUAAAGGUAUUGGCUUAGCCAUGUGCAUGAUUAACAGCUUAGUAAAUAUCUACUAUCCUGUCAUCAUUGCCUACAUCUUCUACUACUUCUUCAUCUCCUUUGCGAGAGAGUUACCAUGGAAAUACUGCGACCCUGCCUGGGCCACCGAAAACUGUACUGACCCAAGCACUCGGGCCACAAUGAAUGAAACCUUUAACGAAACCUUUGGAGAGUACAGUGUUAGCACGUGGUCAAUGACCACCAUGCUUCCAAACGCCACCAAUGGCUCCGAUGUUGAGGAUUAUGCCACACGACCCGCUCAAGAGUUUUGGGACAACUUUGUUCUGCAACGUAGCUCUGGCCUUCAUGAGACCGGGAUCGUCCGAUGGCAGCUUUUUCUCUGUUUGGCUCUGGUCUGGGUUCUGACUUUUCUUGCUCUCGUCAAGGGUGUCAAAAGUGUUGGAAAGGUGGUAUACUUCACUGCUACCUUUCCCUACGUUGUGUUGACAAUCCUUCUGAUCCGUGGCUGUACAUUACCAGGAUCUUUAGAUGGUGUCCUUUACUACAUCAAACCUGAUUUCACCAGACUACGAGAUCCAAGGGUAUGGAAGGAUGCUGCAGCUCAAAUCUUCUAUUCUCUUGGACCAUCCUGGGGUGGUCUCCUCACUAUGGCAAGUUACAACAAGUUCCACAACAACUUCUACAGAGAUGGUAUCAUCAUCGCCAUUCUCAAUUGCAGCACUAGCAUCUUUGCAGGGUUUGUCAUUUUCUCGGUCGUUGGUUUUAUGUCAUAUGAUUCUGGACUCCCAAUUGAGAAGGUUGCUACUUCAGGGCCUGGUUUGGUGUUUGUUGUCUAUCCUGAAGCGUUAGCUCGUAUGCCUAUUGCUCCACUCUGGUCCGUCUUAUUCUUCUUUAUGUUCAUCACUAUUGGUAUGGACAGUCAGUUUGUUGAUUUAGAGACUGUCAUAUCUGGUCUGUAUGACAUAGUAGAAGAGAACAUCCCGUUCAUGAGAGGAAGAAAGACGUUAUUGACUGGAAUUGUCUCUUUCAUCACUUUUCUCAUUGGCAUCCUCCUUGUAACACAGAGUGGAAUCUAUUGGCUUACAUUGAUUGAUAAUUUUGCAAGUACCUUCACCACGCUAUUAGUUGCUGUGUCGGAGUGUAUCGUUAUAUCUUAUGUAUACGGUGCUGGCCGAUUUGUGUCAGAUUUGAAGGUAAUGCUUGGCUAUGGCAUCCCUAUCUACUGGAAGAUUGCAUGGAUGUUCAUUGCCCCAUUUGUCAUUGUGUUCAUUUUCAUCUUCUUCUGUGUGGUGUAUCAACCAUUGAUCUAUGAUGCAAGCUAUACAUAUCCUCGGUGGGGUGAGACCCUCGGAUGGCUAAUGGCUCUCUCUGCCAUGAUCUGGAUCCCGGGAUACUUCGCCUUCUACUUCCUAUUCAAAGCAGAGGGAUCAGUUCGUCAGAGAUUCGAGGCAUGCAUCUCACCAUCAGAGAAAUGGGGACCGUUACGUAACGAGGAUCGGAUGAAAGCAGGUUAUCCACUCCUUGAAGGACAUGAUGCUGAUGAUAUCAACCAGGCUAAUAUUUAACAACCACUUCACUGCCUUCUUUUGAGUAGCAUGCUUCUCUCAGCGGUGUGUUCACAUUUUAUUGCACUCGAUGUAAAACAGAGUACCAUUAUGGUUGUCAGCUAUCUGUGACUUUGGUCUGCAUUUUGAAUGAUAGCUAUGUAGAAAUGUUAAUGUAGUUCGCUUCCAAUUAUUCUCAAAUGACAAGACAAAUGAUAUCACAAUGAGGUAUUUCAAUUAUCAUAUUUUGAUUCUUUCCUCUCCAGCAAAACAAAAAUUACAAUUCUAACUGAAAAAUUGAACGUGGAGUGGUUUGUUACAUGAGAUGAGUUAAUAUUCACAUUGGACAGCCUGUGACUUCUUGUCAAUCAAUAUUUUGAUUGUACUUAAAAUUGAUUUCAGUAUAAUAUUUUUAAAACACUCAAAGAUAGUCAAGGUCAGUUUGAUAGGGCAUAUCCUUUAGAACUUAUUCUCAGGACUAAAGCCCUUUAAC